UUUCAUCCGUUGGGGUCACGGAGGAGCAUCCUUGCUGCCUCACCAUCCUCGUCCUCACUGCCCUGACCUCCCAGGCGCAUUCGGCCCUGGGAAGAUGAGCGCGAGGAAGGCCGCUGGCUCGACGGAGGCGGCGAAGGGGGCCGAGGAGGAUCGCGGGACGUGGGGGAACCAGUGCGAGUUCUUCCUGUCGUGCCUGGGCUACGCCGUCGGCUUCGGCAACGUGUGGAGGUUCCCUUACCUCUGCUACAAGAACGGCGGCGCGGCCUUCCUCAUUAACAGUAAAAGCACUAGUGCCAUGCUUGUCUGGGUCUCUUGGCCUCCCGAUCUUCUUGCAUUUGAGGACGCUCUGCCACAGUCUCGCCAGUACCGAUUGGGCUGGGGCAUGGUCGUGAUUCCUCUCCUGACGGCGCUCUCCUUCAACGUGAUCAUCGCCUGGUCCUUCUUCUACAUCUUCGCCUCCUUCAGCGACGUCUUGCCCUGGAGCCGCUGCGACAAUGACUUCAAUUCCGUUAACUGCUUCACGGACGCAGAGGCCGAGGCCUGCAAGAAUUCCUCCCUCGUUUACUUCAACCGGACCUGCCUCAGCGUCGGGGACUACUGCGGUCUGGCUGGCCUGAGGAAGCUCAACGAGACCCACUGCCACGACCCUGCCAAUGGGUCAGCUUGGGUCAGACCCGUCGAGACAGUUCUCACGAGGAUUUCAGCCAGCGAGGAUUAUUUCAAGAACCGGAUGCUGGGCGUCACGGGGCGCUCCUGGGACGACAUGGGCGGCCUCAGGUGGGAGCUGGUGGGCUGCCUGGCGCUGGCGUGGGUGAUCGUGGGCCUGUGCUUGGCCAAGGGCAUCAAGUCGUCCGGGAAAGUCGUCUACUUCACCGCCCUCUUCCCCUACGUCAUCCUCGCCAUCCUCUUCGUCAGGGGCAUCACUCUGGACGGGGCGAUGAAGGGGAUCGACUUCUACUUCCUGCAGCCGGACUUCUCUCGCCUGACGGAGGUGGAGGUGUGGAGCGACGCCGCCAUUCAGAUCUUCUACUCUCUCGGCGUCUCCUUCGGUUGCCUCAUCACUCUUUCUUCUUACAAUAAGUUCAACAACAACUGUAUGAGAGACGCCAUCAUCAUCGCCUUCUCCAACUGCUCGACGUCCGUGUUCGCCGGCUUCGUCAUCUUCAGCAUCCUGGGCUUCCUGGCGCAGGAGCUCGGCGUGGAGGUGAAGGACGUGGCUUCCUCGGGCUCUGGGUUGGCCUUCAUCGUGUAUCCUGCGGCGGUGUCCCUCCUGCCCCUCCCGCAGCUGUGGUCUGUCCUCUUCUUCGUCAUGCUCAUCAACAUUGGCUUGGCGUCGCAGCUGACGAUGGUCGAGACCGUGACCACCACCCUGUUCGACUACAUGCCCUCCCUCAGGAGCCGGAAGCCCCUCGUCGUCGCCUGCGUGUGCUUCGUGAUCUUCCUGAUGGGGCUCUCGAUGUGCCUCGAGGGCGGGAUACUCAUGUUCGAGCUCUUCUUCUGGUACUCCGCCGGGAUCUCCGUCAUCAUCCUGGCCAUCACGCAGAUCCUCGCCGUCAUCUGGGUCUACGGUUUCCGAAGAUUCCUGAGUAACAUCAAGGAAAUGGGCGUGUACAUCCCCGCCCCUCUGAAGGCGUACUGGCUGGUCACUUGGAUCUUCAUUACGCCCGUGCUGCUCGUGCUGAUCUGCUUCUUCUACAUCUACUUCUUCGUGCCGGCGUACUGGGGCGACUACGUGUUCCCGCCCAGCAUCCAGGUCCUGGGCUGGCUCCUCUCCGCCUCCUCCAUGGGCCUCAUCCCCCUCGGAGCCCUCGCCGCCCUCUGCAAGACCAAGUCCUUCAGGGGACUUUUCCAGACCUCGCCCGACCUGUGUCCUGCGCACGUCAGGUCACAGAGGGCGGCGCAGCAGGGGAGUCCUGCGCCCCGGUUCGAGUAUAACAACGCGGCGUUUGAAGGGUCGCGGGCGAAGGUGUGUCCUGAACUCCCAUCGGCAGAGUGAUACAAGACAAACAAAAAAAAUACAGAAUCUCAGAGAAAGAAAGAAAGAAAAAAAA